AUGGCCGCUUCUGCGGAAAUUAUCGGGGAACCUCUACCCGAACAUUGGACUUAUGGAGUAACUGCCGAUGGAAGGGUAUUUUAUAUUGAUGAUUUACACGAAACAACUUCUUGGGUCCAUCCUGUGACAAACAAACCUGCUGCCUCGGGUCUCCUGUCUAGUCCAGAUUUACCGAGUGGUUGGGAAUGGAGUAUUACCCCAGAGGGAGCUGUCUAUUAUGUUGACCACAAUACACAGCGAACAACUUUUAUCCACCCUUUAACAAGAAAGGCAACAUCCCCACCCUUCAAUGAGGCCAGUCAAAGAGUAUUCUCUCUUCUUUCUCUCUUCCUCUCGCUCUCUCUUCGCUCUUCACUCUCUCUUUCUCUCUUUCUCUCUCUCUCUCUCUCUUUCUCUCUCUCUCUCUUUCUCUCUCUCUCACUCUCUUUCCUCUCUCUCUCUUUCCUCUCUCUCUCCUCUUUCUCUUUCACUCUCUCACUCUCUCUCUCAAUCUUUCUCUCCACUUUUUUUUUUUUUUAUGGCUUUCUGUCUUUGUUUUCAGUUUGA